AUGCAAGAUAAGGAGGUGCUUUCCGGUGCUGAAUGCAAGAUACUAGUGAAAAGCCCAGCAGCUGAGGUCGUGAAAGAUCAUGCACUUGUUGAUUCACAUGAUGGUGUUCUGGCCUUGAUUCCCAAGAGUGAGGGAGCUCACAGCAUUUGCGUCCAUUGCGCUGCGAAGGACCGAUUGGCGAGCUGGGUCGGCGCUGGCCGCAAGCUACGCUGGUCCAUCGCCUUCGACGUGCUCGGUGCUUCCAGCCUCGGACUGCUGUCGGACCCGAAGAAUGUGGCUCACUUGUCUGACUUGAAGGGUGCACAGGCCCAAGUGGACCUUCUCUUGGAGCGCAUCAAUGCCAUUAGUACAGAGAAUGACUAUGAAAAGGCCUUUGAGGCAAAGUUCGUGAAGGCAUCUGAAGCUGUCAAUAUGGACGUCGCAGCCUUUAAAUUCCUCCAGAUCAUUCUGAUCACCGGCGUGACCGCAUUUCAGAUUCACAACCUGGCAAAGUUUCUGCAGAGGAACAAAUUCCUGGAGUGCUGUUUGCCCAUUGCCAUGCGGAUGAAGCCAGUGAUCUGA